CAGAGAGAAAGGAGAGAAAGACAGAGACAGAGAGAAAGGAGAGAGAAACGGAGACAGAGAGAAAGGAGAGAGAAACAGAGACAGAGAGAAAGGAGAGAGAAACGGAGAGAAAGGAGAGAGACAGAGAACAGGGAGAGAGAAAGAGAGAGAGACAGAGACAGAGAGAAAGGAGAGAGAGAGACAGAUAGGAAGGAGAGAGACAGAGAAGGAGAGAGAGAGACAGAGAACAGGGAGAGAGAAUAGAUCAGAGGAGCAGCUGUGUGAACCUUCAUAUGGAGUCUACAACAGAGGGAGGAGGAGGAGGAGGAAGAGGAGGAGGAGGAGGAGGGCUGAGGGAGCUGGUUCGAAAGUGGUUUACAGAGACCCAGGCCCCUCUCAUUCUCCUCCAUGACGGAAACUUUCCCGGCUGGUUCCAAGGCUUCACCGCCAGAAAGGAAGCAGAGGAUCAGCUGAGAGAAAAGCCUCUGGGAUGUUUUCUCAUCAGACUCAGUGACAAAGCCGUCGGAUACAUCCUCUCAUACAAAGGACAAGACCGCUGCCGCCAUUUUGUGAUCAACCAGGACCAAGCUGGGCUGUUCAUUAUCUCCGGGGACGACCGGCCUCACCACAGCCUCACAGAACUGAUCGAGCAUUACAGAGUCCAUCCCAUCCAGCCCUUUGGAGAGUCCCUCACCUCUACGUACUGUUGUCAGUCAAGCUCAGGAGAGCUGUAUGAUGUGGUGCAGUUCGAGGCCAAAGAGAAGACCGGUGGGAUCAGUGUCCGAGCCCUGAGAAGUUACUGGGACCAGCAGAACAAACAGAAGAAUGACCAACACCAACAGAAUGAGCAGCACCCUGCAGUGCCACCCGUGCUGCCACCCAAAACCAACAACAGGAAGUUGACAUCAACAGUAUCCAUUCGCAGGAAGUCCCUCCCACAGCAAGCAGUACCUCCAGUUCCAAGGCGAGGCCCACCUCUGACCCACUCUCUGAGUGGAACCUUGUCUGACAAGAGCACGUCUCAAAUCCAAUACGCUGAAAUACACCAUGAUCAAACCAAGACUACAUCUCACGGUCAAACCCAAUACGCUGAAAUACACCAUGAUCAAACCAAGACUACAUCUCACGGUCAAACCCAAUACGCUGAAAUACACCAUGAUCAAACCAAGACUACAUCUCACGGUCAAACCCAAUACGCUGAAAUACACCAUGAUCAAACCAAGACUACAUCUCACGGUCAAACCCAAUACGCUGAAAUACACCAUGAUCAAACCAAGAUCACAUCUCACGGUCAAACCCAAUACGCUGAAAUACACCAUGAUCAAACCAAGAUCCCAUCUCACGGUCAAACCCAAUACGCUGAAAUACACCAUGAUCAAACCAAGAUCCCAUCUCACGGUCAAACCCAAUACGCUGAAAUACACCAUGAUCAAACCAAGAUCACAUCUCACGGUCAAAUCCAAUACGCUGAAAUACACCAUGAUCAAACCAAGAUCACAUCUCACGGUCAAACCCAAUACGCAGAAAUACAUACUAACCAGAACAAAGUGGAGAGACUGGCCAGUACUGGGAGUCUGAACCAGAGGAGAAGCACCGGCCCCUGGUCCUUCAAUAACACCUCCACAGCAGCAGGAGGAGUCAUGUACUCUGAGCUGACCCUGGCAGAUGGACGGAGCCGCUCUCUACCCCGCCUGGACGACACCACGGAGGAGGAGGAGGAAAAGGAGGAGGAGGAGGGGUACUCCAACAGGACAACCAUCCCCUGCUUCCCCCACACCUCUCACUCCCCCAAUCCCCCCAAGAGGGUCACCUGCCACGCCUACUCUCUUCAGGACCCCAGGGAAAACCCCCGGCCACGGAUCCACGGUGGACCACACAGCCUGGAUCAGCUGAGCACCAACCCACUGUACCAGGCCUCUGUCGGGCUUGGUGAGAGCCAGGACACCCCCUGGAAGGGACCUCACAGCCUGGAUCAGCUGAGCACCAACCCACUGUACCAGGCCUCUGUCGGGCUUGGUGAGAGCCAGGACACCCCCUGGAAGGGACCACAGAAGCAGAGAGAAUGGGACCGUGGCAGGAGCCCUAACCCUCAGAACCAGACUCCCCAGCAGGAGGAGAGUAUGUAUGCAGAGGUUCCAGAGGGUCCGUCUCCUCCCCGUCAUCUGAUUACAGACAACACCUAUGAGCAGAUCCCAGGGGACGGUGGCCCGAAGGGGACACAAAGCACCGCCACAGACCAGGAGGGAAACACCUAUGAGCAGAUCCCAGGGGUCGGUGGCCCGAAGGGGACACAAAGCACCGCCACAGACCAGGAGGGAAACACCUACGAGCAGAUCCCAGGGAACGGUGGCCUGAAGGGGACACAAAGCACCGCCACAGACCAGGAGGGAAACACCUAUGAGAUGCUGGAGGACCUGAAGUCCAAGGAGUCUACUUGGGGCAAGAAGGUAAAGAACUACUGA